CAGGCCGGUGAGACUUGCAGUGACAGGCAGCGCGCCCUGCAGACCGUGCUCCAAGGCACAAUAGAAGAGAGCAGCUAUUGCUUGCUCAACGAUGUUUUCUUAGUGGAGUUUCCCAUCACAGACGAGGUGUGCAGGAUGCGUCACACUGAAUGGAACAGUGCGUUCCACCUGACUUGUACGCAAGUGCUACAGAAGGUGCUUGGAGGGGAAUUUGGCAUAUUUUUCGUCGACAACGCCCACUUCGUGGACUCUGAGUCCUGGUCUAUCAUGUGGCCCCUGCUCCAAAGCGUCACGGUCCUUAUGGUCAUGAGCUUAGCUCCGGGCCGUGACAGAGCAGAGGACAUUUUCAAAGCUGCCACGGACAGCACAACAUCGGAGAGAAUCACCUGUCUUCGUCUGGAAGGGCUGAAAGCUUCAGACGUGGUGCGGAAAGCCUGCCAGGAGCUUGGAGUGCGCAGCAUCCCCAGGGAGCUGGCAAGGUUCCUGAUCCAGAGAAGCUCUGGCAUCCCAUAUUACUGUGAGGAACUGCUGCGCUCCCUGCGUUGCAACAACAUGCUCUUGUUGCACACCGGGAGGCCGAAGGAAGGAGAGGACAGCUGGCAGAGCCUGAUGGCCAAGGCAUCACCCGCUGUCACAGCUGCCUCAAGCCCGGGUAGCGGGUGUGACGGAGAAAGGAUGUGUGCCAUCAGACCAGACGUGAACCUGGAGACCUCCAUGCUGCCGUUUGCCUUGAAAGAGAUUGCGCUGGCUGAGCUGGACCGGAUGGAUCUACAGAAGCAGAUGGUUCUGAAGUUUGCAGCCAUCAUAGGGCCGGUGUUUACAACCCAGCAGCUGGUUCACAUCCUUCCCAUCUCUGUAAAUCAGUGGAUUAAUCCACUGCUGGACAUGCUGGUGAAGGACAACAUCCUGAAGCGGCUGGAGAACACAGAGGAGCCGGAAGACGUGCAAGGUGCUCCAGAGGGGCCGGCCACCUCCGGGCAGGCAGGAAGCGGUAAGUGGUGGCUGCAGCGUGAGCCCAGGAGCGCUGGGGCUCCACAGGGCCCUGCUCACACACCUUUGUGCAGAGAGAGAUUCUCAGUGGCUGUUGGAAGUGCCUCUGCCACUGUGCUAGCAGGCGCUGAAAAACAACAGUCUGACGUCCUGGCCUUCUGCGCCCCACUGCUGUGGGAGGCGACGUACGAGCUGUGGCCCACGAGGGAGAGGGUGAACAUUCACCGCCAGUGUGCCGCCUUCCUGGAGAAGCAUGCGCACAAAUGCCAGAGGUGCCACGGAGGGGACUUUGUGGCCUUCCACCGCUUCGGCGUCUCCAGCCCCCAGAAGCAGGGGAGCUGCCAGGGCUCUGCUGAUGAGGAUGACUGGUGCAGCUGGGAGGCCUUGGUAGUUGCUGGAGAACACCUGAGGAGGGCCAGGACCCACCCUGCAGAGGGCGAGAUUCUGGCAGAGGGCGAGCAGACAACUCUGCGGGCCGAGGACGGUGGCGAGUGCUCCUGCCAGUGCGAAGCCAUCGCCGAAGCAGUGCUUGUGCCCCUGGCUCGCCACUACAGGGCAAUGGGCAGCACUUCCCAAGCCCUCUAUUAUGUGCUGGAGUGUGCGGCUGCCUACCUGCACGUCUCCAACAGCUACAUGGCCCUCAUGAAGCUGAGCGAAGCAGAGGCUCUGAGGAGCUCCGUCAAAAAGGAAAGAAAUGCCAUCGACCGCUUUGAGGAGGCCAUCUUCUUCAGCCUCAAAGGAGAGGUCUGCAGUAACGUGGGAUGUGUGAAGCUGGCCAAGGAAAUGAGCAGGCAGGCGCUGAGACUGCUGGAAAAGCGGUUCCCCCGGACUCGUGCCGGGGCCUUUGUCAAGUCUCUGUGGGAAGGGUUGAAGCGUGCUCCUCAGGCCACAGGCAGAGCGUCCUUCCUUCCCCAGGAGGCUCGGAGGAAGAAGCAAGCCUGGCUGGUUCAGCGGAGCAGAUGCCUCUCCUUGCUCGAGGACCUCUACAGCCAGGAGGGCACAUCUGGCGGACAGAGGUUCUCCCGCCUGGCAGCGCUCAUGAAGGCCAACACGGACAGCAAGAUGCACUCCUAUCAGGCAGCAGACUCACACAUUGGACAAGCCUUGAAUUAAGGAAAAUAGGCUUAGACAACGAGUGCAGACAGCGGGUCUCCUGUUCCUCCAAGUGACACCGUUCAGGUACCCUACGUCUGGAAUGCAGACAGCAGGCUAGGACAGUAAACCACAAAUUAACAAAGAAGCAACAAAUUGGUGGACGGAGUUGUAGCCGAUGAGAGGACCGGCCAAAGCCAGGUGAAAGAAUACAGUGAGGAAGACCAUGGCCUUCAUCAGAAAGACCACCAGACAACCAGCAAGAGAUACCACGCAUGCGUAAAAGAACU